UGUACAGACUUCUGUUUUACAUACAUAUCUUAUUCUUCUCUUAUUGGAUAUUUGAUGAACGUAUUUAUUUACUGGCCAACUAAUUUACUUUAUACGAUUUUAUUAAUAUUAUUUGGUGUGGAAUAAACAAUAAAAGUACUAAAAUAGCUAUAGUAAUGUGGUUAUUGGGCUUCUUAAUUUUUUCUAUUACGUCAUCAUUGUGUACAACGGAAAAAAUCUUAGUUUUGUCUCCUGUAGCGAUUAGGAGCCACGAUAUUUUGAAUCAAGCGCUGGUGAAUAUACUAUUGGAAGCAGGCUAUGAGGUGACUCACAUAACGGUAACUCCACGCAAAAAACUUCAUCCAAAACUUCAACAAAUUGACGUAAGUUCUAACACAAAAGCGGCAAAUAGAGUAAACUUAAAAAGUGCUAUAAACUCCCCGAAUGGAAUUGAAAACGAUAGACAUUUCACACAAUUUGCAACGAAAAUGUUUACCAAAGUGUUGCAACAUAGUGAUACUUAUAAAAUGCUGACGGACACUACACAGAGAUUUGAUUUAAUAAUAUCUGAAUGGCUGUUCAACGAUAUGUAUACUGGAUUGGCAGCAUUAUACGACUGUCCAUUGAUUUGGUUUUUCACAACGGAGCCACAUUGGAUGUUACUACGGACAAUUAACAAGGACACAACUACGCCAAAUUUAGUUAAGGAUAUUUAUGAAAGAGGUGCGUACAAAAAGGUAUUUAGUCCACUGAUGGCAUUGAGGGGCAAAUCUUUCCGCACCUAUGAAGAUAUGAUGUCCAUCGCUUCUUUGGUAUUUAUGAAUUCUCAUCAGGGAUUGAGUAAAGCAGAUUUUUGGCCAGAAAAAUUCAUACCCGUCGCCGGAUACCAUAUCGAUGAAGACAUAAAACCAUUACCUAAUGAUUUAAAAAUUAUUAUGGAUAACGCGAAGUUUGGUGUAAUAUACUUUAGUCUGGGAUCAUAUUUGGAUGGUCAUGAUAUAUCAGAAGAACAAAUGGACGACUUGAUCGAUAUGUUUGGUGAAUUGAAGCAAACAGUUAUAUGGAAUUUAGAUUUAACAUUCGUACGACUACCGAGUAAUAUCCAUGUUAUUAAUUGGGCACCGCAACAAAGUAUUUUAGCUCAUCCCAACUGCAUUCUAUUUAUAACACAUGGAGGUGUAAUUUCUAAGAUUGAAGCUGUUCACUUUGGUGUACCGACAAUUGGUAUUCCAGUCUACGGUGAUCAAUUCGCUAACGUUGACAGUUCAGUGAUGAAAGGCAUUUCAAUAAAAGUUAAUGUUUCUGGAUUUUUGGCGAGGGAUAUAAAAAAUGCUAUCGUUGAAAUGCUAAGUAAUCCAAGUUAUCGUCAAAACAUUAGGAAGGUGUCAAGCUCGUUCCACAACCGGACAAUUUCGCCUAAAGAGGGAUUAUUGCACUGGGUCAAUCAGACUAUUCGUUCUGGAGUUCCCGAAGUACUUAAACCAGGUCGAGCAGCCAUAUUUAAGGAAAUAUUUGUUUCAAUUCUUGUUAUUCUACUUAUUUUAUCCACAAUCUUCGGAAAACAGAUUUUAGAAGGCUCCCAAAAGUAUAAAAUACUUUAAGAGUUUACUACAAAAUGAAGAGAUCAUUUUUUUUAUUAUCAAGUACGUUUUUGGCUUUGAUACUUGCUUAUGACUAUGAAGUACCAUUUUUAAAACAGUGAAAAUGAUCUGAAUUUGGUUUUUAUAACUGUGUAAAAAAAUGUUGCCAAAAUUU